AUGGGUUUUUUCAGCCCCGUUCUUGAUACAUUAACAUUAAUUAAGAACCUCUGGAGUUCUGGUUUUGAUCCGGUUAAUUUCAUACAGAAUUCCUUGAACACUUUCCUACCUCGACUUAGCUUAUAUGCACUCUUUGCCGCUCUUCCACCAUACUUAGCUUACAAGUUUAUCCGUUUCAUCAUAACACCGUUGUUGUACAAGGAAAAUCUGUCGGGAAAAAUCGUACUCAUCGCCGGAGCAUCUUCAGGAAUCGGAGAGCACUUGGCUUACGAAUAUGCGAGAAGAGGGUCGUGUUUAGUCAUUGGAGCAAGAAGAGAAAAGAUUAUUCCAGUCACUGCAGAUGUUUCCAAAGUCGAAGAUUGUCAAAGAUUGGUUGAAACUGCCAUUCAACAUUUUGGGCGCUUGGAUCAUCUGGUGAAUGUUGCCGGCAUCGCUCCAUUGGGCCUUCUGGAAGAGCUGGAUGUUGUGUCAAAUUUCACACCUUCAAUGGACAUUAACUUUUGGGGGAGGAUCGUUCAGAUUGCUUCAUCUGCUAGUUGGUUGCAUGUCCCAAGAUUCAGCUUCUACUGUGCUAGCAAAGCAGCAGUAGUAAGCUUCUUCGAGACCUUGCGAGUUGAGAUUGGAUCUGAUGUGGGCAUUACUGUUGUGAAUCCGGGUGUAAUUGAGUCGGAGAUGACAAAAGGGAAGUUCUUAAUGACAGACGGCGAAGUAAGAGUUGACCAAGAAAUGAGAGAUGUUCAAACGAGCGUGAUACCCGUAACACCAGUUGGCAGCUGUGCCAAGGCAAUUGUCGAUAGUGCGAGCAGGGGAGACCGGUACUUAACUACCCCAUCAUGGAUGCGGUCAGCAUUUCCAUACAGAGUUUUUAGUCCCGAAAUACUGGAACGGGUCAACAGGUGGUUUUUGCUUCCUCCGCCGGGGAGGCCAGCUACCGAAGCACUUAGCAAGACAGUCUUGGAUAUCAGCGGGCUAAAGGAAGUUCUCUAUCCACCUUCUCUGUUAUCCCCUGAUAUAAAAGUAGGUUGA